GACCCUUCUUGAUAAGGCAUUUGAACAUUAUCAAGUUAGCUCAUUAAAUCUUUCUUUCUUUUUCAUUUUCAGUAAUCAAUAUAUAUUUUUUUAUCCAAUCCUUUUCAAGAUGGUGUUAAAGAAACUUAAAAGAAGAGUUGAAAGAAUCAUCACCAAACCCUUUAAAAAACCUCCAAGAAAAGCCUAUAUAAAACCACCAUCACCUCCACAAUCUCCACCACCUGAACCAUCACCCACCAACAUGAACCGUUGUCCGUCCCACCCUUUCAUGUUCCCGGAAACCCAAUCUGUCGUCCUUCCUAACCCCUCACAUUUCUUCUCCCCUAACCUCCUCACAUCCCCUCUCCCUACAAACUCUUUCUUUCAAAAUUUUGUCCUUAAAAAUGGUGAUCAACCCGAAUACAUCCACCCGUAUUUGAUCAAAUUCUCCCCCUCGUCACUUUCUAUAUCUUACCCGUCUUUAUACUCCAACACGGCCUUCACUUACCAAAUCUUUAAUGCGGAUUUCACCAUCUCAGCCUUGGAUAACCCGGACCCAAAUCAAACCCAUGUCAUAUCUUCAUUCAAUGAUCUAAGUGUCACAUUAGAGUUUCCAAAUUUAAGAUUUUAUCUUGUCAGAGGAAGCCCAUUUUUAACAUGUCAAGUCAUGCAAAAGGUGGCACUUUCUAUUUCAACUAUUCAUGCAAUUCUUGAUUUUACUCCAAAUUCUUCAAAAACCAAGUAUAAAAUUAAUCUAAAUAACGGACAAACAUGGGUGUUGUAUUCUUCUUCACCAAUUGAUUUGAGCUAUGAUAUUUCAAAGAUCACAUCUUUACCAUUUUUGGGUAUCAUUCGGGUUGCAUUAGUACCAAAUUCGGAUGUUAAACUUGAACAAAUUCUUGACCAGUUUAGUUCUUGUUAUCCGGUAUCGGGAAGUGCUGACCUUAGUAAACCUUUUUGUGUUGAGUAUAAAUGGGAAAAGAAAGGUUGGGGGGAUUUGUUAAUGCUGGCAAACCCUCUUCAUUUUCAACUUCUUGAUAAGUCUUCAAGUAUAGUUAUUGACGACUUCAAAUACAAAAGCAUAGAUGGUGAACUAGUGGGAGUAGUUGGUGAUUCAUGGGUUUUGAAAACAGACCCGGUUUCAGUAACUUGGCAUUCAAUCAAAGGUGUUAAAGAAGAAUCAUAUCAGGAAAUCAUUGAUGCUCUUAUAAAAGAUGUUGAUGGUUUGGAUUCGACUUCAAUAUCGACAACAUCUUCAUACUUUUAUGGGAAAUUGGUGGCAAGAGCAGCUAGAUUAGCUUUAAUAGCCGAAGAAAUUGGUUAUCUUGAUGUGAUGACUAAAAUUCAAAAAUACUUGAAGGAUACAAUUGGGCCAUGGUUAGAUGGAACCUUUAACGGAAAUGGUUUUCUUUAUGAUAAAACAUGGGGUGGAAUUAUAACAAAACAAGGGUCUCAAGAUUCAGGUGCUGAUUUCGGGUUUGGGAUAUAUAACGAUCACCAUUACCAUAUCGGUUACUUUCUUUAUGGGAUUGCGGUUCUUGCAAAGGUAGACCCCAUUUGGGGAAGAAAAUAUAGACCUCAAGCUUAUUCAUUGAUGGCAGAUUUCAUGACUUUGGGUAAAAGUGAGAAGACAAAGUAUACUCGUUUAAGGUGCUUCGACUUGUGGAAGUUACAUUCAUGGGCAGGAGGUUUGACACAAUUCGCGGACGGUAGGAAUCAAGAAAGCACAAGUGAAGCAGUUAAUGCAUAUUACUCAGCCGCGUUGAUGGGGUUAGCAUAUGGCGAUACACAUCUUGUUUCAAUCGGAUCAUUGCUUUUAGCCAUGGAAAUUCAUGCAUCUCAAACAUGGUGGCAUGUUAAGCAAGAUGAUUCUUAUUAUGCUCAAGAUUUUACUAGGGAAAAUCGAGUGGUGGGAGUUUUAUGGGCGAAUAAACGUGAUAGUGGGCUUUGGUUUGCUCCGGCUGAAUGGAAGGAAUGUAGAUUGGGGAUCCAAGUGCUACCAUUGUUGCCUGUCACUGAGGUUUUGUUUUCGGAUGUCGGUUUUGUUAAGGAGCUUGUGGAUUGGGCUUUGCCUGCACUAGGAAGGGAAGGUGUUGGUGAAGGAUGGAAAGGAUUUGUGUAUGCAUUGGAAGGGAUUUAUGAGAAGGAAGUUGCUCUUGAAAAGAUUAGAAGUUUAAAAGGCCAUGAUGAUGGGAAUUCUAUGAGUAAUUUGUUAUGGUGGAUUUAUAGUAGAGAUGAAAGUGAACAAGGUUAUGAAGGAGGGGGUAGACAUUGUUGGUUUGGUCGUUAUUGUCAUUAAUUAAAAGUUUCAAAAUCAAUGACUGCGACAUUAAAGAUUUAAUAAGAUUACCGAACUUGGAGAGUGUGUGUAUAUAUACACGUGAACUAUGAGCGCUGAUCUGAAUAAAGGGAAUUUAAGUUAGUGUUUGUGUAAAUAUAAAGUUAAGUUUGUUUGGAUUCA